AUGACUGAAUCCAUCUUAUCUGCUCCUCCUUUUAACUUGCAGCACACUCUCCUUCCAUCGAUUAACUUUAAAGAGUGGAUGCUGGAAAGAGCAAUGCAGUUACAACCUGGUUUGUUUGCUAAAUUGUUAAUGAUCAUUCAUGGAGUCUGGCGAAACAGGAACAAUACCUUAUGGCACGAUAAAACUCAAACAGCUCAAGAUUUGGUUUUGAGCAGCCUUACAUGGUUGGAGGAGUUUACUAGUGCCCAUGCUGUUAACAGCAAAUCAAACAGAAUGCAGCAGAAAGCUUGGAAACCUGCUGCACAAGGAAGCCUCACGUUGAACGUGGAUGCUGCUUUCCUUCCUGAUCAACAUCAAGGUGGCAUAGGUGGGGUACUCAGGGACUAUCAGGGAAGGUUCAAGGCAGCCUUUGCGUGUCCAAUCCCUUAUACUGCAUCUCCAAAACAGUGUGAAAUGUUGGCAAUCCAUGAAGGGCUUGACUUGUUACAUUCCCUUCAAGAACAAAAUGUGGUUGUGCAAAGUGAUUGCUCAGAAGCUCUUGCAGAAAUUUAUGUUGAAAAUCACAGCUUGUUAGCUAAUGGUGGUAUCGUUGAUGAUAUCAAACAAGUUUGGCAUCAGCUCACGGGUGUUCAAUUAAUUCAUACUCCUAGAAACUGCAAUCAAGCUGCACACCGUCUUGCUGCAAUAGGAUUUGAAGCAACUCAUGAUUCUGUAUGGCUGCAUGAUGCGCCUGAAUGCAUCCUUGAUGUUCUUGCCUAUGAUUGUAACAAGCUCAAUUGA